AUGACCGAACGCAAGCCCGACCCCCCGGCCCCGCUGCUGUCUGCGUGGCAAGUGGCCGCUGCGGCCGGCGAGCCCUUUGCCGUCGUCCGAGUGCGCAACCUGCAGGGCACGCUCCCCGUGGGGCGGGACGCCUGGGGCCGAGCCAACAAGGCGCAGCCGGCGCUCAUCACGACCGAGGUGUCGUUCUCACGGCCGUUCGCCGCCGCGUCCGCGGAGGACCAGGUCAACGCCGAGACGGCGCACUACGGGAACCUGAGCAAGAACCUGCUGGGCAGCCUGGAUCUCUGGGCCAGCUCCGCCAGCCCGCCGAAGGACCCAAAGGUCGCGGAGCGGGCGGCCGCGGACGGCCCGAGCUCCGGCGACGUCUUUGAGCUGCUGUGGGUCGGCUUGACGGGCCGCGUGGUCGACGGGAGCUUGCGGGCGCUGCCGCUGGAUCGCGUGCCCUUCCUGGAUACGGAUCGGCUCAAGAGCCUGGCACUGACAAUCAACUUGCCCAAGGCGUCUCUGGUAGGCUCCGGGGUCAGCUUGACCGUCACAGCCUGCUUCCAGGAGGGGGCUGAGAACAACCCCCUAAAAUCAUAUGCGCGGAGUUUGAGAUUACACGGCCUACAUGUGCCGACUCUGAUAGGCGUCAAUGCCAACGAAAGAAAGGCGAAACAGAUGGUAGUCGCCGACGUCGAGAUCGACAGGUUGGACAUCACCCGAGAUAUCCACCCCGAGCUAGAAAGAAUGGUUGUCGAGACUAUGGAAGCUUCAUCCUUCGAAACCUUGGAGGCAUUGGGCGCGUUGAUAGCGGAGAGGAUCUUGUCCGACUUCAAGAUCGGCGACGACCCUAAGACUGCUCGGGAGAGGGGCUGGCAGGUGAAGAUCAGCCUCGGGAAACCCAUUGCGGUGCCGUUUGCAGACAGCCCAGAGGUGGUGAUCAGGGCAGGCGCCGAUUUGCCUUGA